AUGAAGGUGCAGGCAGACAUGCGGCAUGACACGCGGGGUACGCAGAUUGUAGCAGAAAAGGACACCGUUGGCGAAUCAUCUGUUGAGAUGCCCCCGAUGGAAUCCUUGAAGCAAAACAAGAAACAUCCUGAGGGUAGUUAUUGUCUAACAAUAGACCAAAGGAGGAAGAAAACAAUGGAGGGGUAG